AGAACGCAUCUUCUGACAUAUGACAUUACACACAUAUGUUCUCAUUUUCUAGAUUAACAUAGUGGGUGUUUAUGUUUUUGAUGAUGUGGAAGUAGAUGUAACUCAAUCACAUGAACCAAUAAGUUUAAGCCACGCAGUUCAUGAGAAUCUGGGACAGUUUUAAUUUAAUAACCAAAAGGUCCACAGUAGAAUUAAAACUUUGAACAAAAUGGGCUUAAAGUUAUAUGAAAUCUUAGUAAUUCUUCUAAUUUCGUCGGUAAUUGGUAAACCAGAAGAAGAACAUCCACAAAGAGUUGUUACCCGAGAAUUAAGUGAUAAAGAACAUUUCGAACAACAGCAUCAUAACUCAGAAUAUGACCACGAAGCAUUUUUGGGGGCAGAAGAGGCAAAAACCUUCGAUCAACUACCUCCUGAAGAGAGUAAAAGGAGACUGGGUUUAAUUGUAGAUAAAAUUGAUGUCAAUAAAGAUGGAUUGAUUAAUAGAGAAGAAUUGAAAGAUUGGAUUAGAUUCACACAAAAAAGAUAUAUCACUGAAGAUAUAGACAGACAAUGGAAACAACAAAAUCCUGAUAAUCUUCCAACUUUACAGUGGGAACGAUACCAAAAAAUGGUUUACGGCUUUCUGGAAAACAUGGAUCCAUCUGAAAUCGAAAAAGAUGGAACAGGAUUUUCAUACAAGAAAAUGAUGAACAGAGAUAGGAGGCGUUGGCAAACUGCAGAUAAAGACGGUGAUGACAGUUUAACCAAAGAGGAAUUUGCAUCUUUUCUACAUCCCGAAGAAGACCAAUAUAUGAGUGAUUUGAUUGUAGUGGAAACUUUGGAAGAUAUUGAUAAAAACAAUGAUGGCAAAGUUUCCUUGGAAGAAUACAUUGGAGAUAUGUACAGAGGAGAAGAUGGUGAAGAAGAACCAGAUUGGGUGAAAAGUGAACGUGAACAAUUCAACACCUACCGGGAUAAAGACGGCGAUGGUUUCAUGGAUAGUGAUGAAGUGAAAAACUGGAUUUUACCAGAAGACUUCGAUCAUGCUGAAGCAGAAGCUAGGCAUUUGAUAUACGAAGCCGAUUCUGAUGCCGACGAACAACUCACUAAAGAUGAAGUAUUAUCCAAAUAUGAUAUUUUCGUAGGAUCCCAAGCUACAGAUUUUGGAGAAGCGUUAGCUAGGCACGACGAAUUUUAAAUCUGAAUUCUUAGAUAUGAUCGAAAAAAUUUACAUUUGAUAUUAUUGGAGUGUUGUAUCCAAUAUUUGUAUACUAACACUUCACAUUCUUUUUUUGUUCUCGCAGAUACUUACCAGUUUGUGUCUCAUUGUAUGCUUAAAUUUAGAGUAAGUGAAAUUUUUUCUACAAUUUCUUUUUCUAUUCUUCUAUUUAAAAAAAUAUAUAUACGUGCAUUAUUUUUGUACAUUGUUCCUAAUUAAAAAUAAUAAUAAAUUGAGUGCGUGUAUAGUUAGGCAACUCAAUGAACUAAUCCUAAGACAAAUAAUUUAUCAUAUAAUAAAGUAAUUCGAAUCAAUUUUUUCAUUUCAAUAUUGAUUUUCUAGAAUCCUAUUCUACCUACUUUCAUUUAUUUUCUCUAUUGAUUUUCAAAGCCUGAAAAAUAAAAACUAUGAAAUAAUUAUCAAAAAGUGCAUAAAAUGGAGAGAAUUAAAUCUGUGCGAAAAAAAUUACAUUAUCAAAUCUCUAGUUAACGACCAAAACUGACGGUACCAUAUGGUAAUACUAGGAUAAUAUGGGUGUAAUUUUUUUCAGAAAAUUGGGCUUGCUAUUUUUAAAAAAAUUGUAUUUUGUAUGAAAUAAUGCAAAAUAUUUUAUACCUAUGCCUACAUUUCACUUUAUAUACAUAGUUCUAAUAGUCGAUGAGCAACCUUCUCCUGCACGCCGCCUUCUUUUCUUGUCAGUAGUGGAAAUAACCAAAUGGUUUCUCCUAUCACAUCUGAGCUUGUUGGAGUUGGAUGUUGAAGGGCUUCCUGAAUCUUUAGGCACUGUUCUAUAAGACCUCAAAUAAGAAUUUAUAGUUUCUUUUCUGAAACAAAGCUCUGUACAUUUCCUACCGACUUUUCUUUGAAGCUUUUUGAUUGCAUACAUCUAGCAACCAUGUAAACCCAAAAUAACUACUUUUUAAAAACAAAUCCAAUUUGGUAUCGUGAAAUGGUUUCUUAGAAUAAAUCAGUUCCUCCCGAAUGCAUUGUAUUGACCAAUUAGUUUUGGUAUGGAUAUGUAUAUGUUACCGUUUAUUUUAUAGAACACCUAGUUAUUCCAUGAAAUAACUGAUCGUGUCUGUUAAAGUGUGUAAUAUGUUAUUAAUUUGACAUUUUGAUUAGUUAUUUUAUAGAAUAACGAUCUGUUAAUGUCAACGACAAAUAUAUUUACCUUCCACCCUUAUUGUACCUAUGAACUAUUACAGGCCAUAAAGAUAGAACUUGUUUGGUGUCUUGGCGCUAGUUCAUUCUGGUUAAUCGAUUGCUUGCACGUACAGUGCCAGCUGCUGUUCGUGAAAUACUGUUUCCACAUAUCAGGUAUUGAGAUACAUUUAUUUUUUUAAGUUUUAAAAUUUAGUAAUUUGUUACUACGUUAAUUACGAUUGUUUACAUUAAGUGCAAUUAUUUUUAAGACCUUAAAUUGCCUUGAACAAUGAAUUCUUCAAGUGAUAACUAAAAAUUAUUAAGUUUGAUAGCUGAUGUAAAGAAAUCUAAAACAUCAGAUAAGAAAAUGGCACGUGAUUAUUGGUUACUUCAACAUUACAUGUCCUUGAAGUUCAAGGAGUAGAAAAAUGAAUAAUCCCAGUAACAAACGCAACACCAGAUGGAAUGUUUUAUUAGUCAAGUGAUUCUUUGUUUGACAUUUUGUAUGAAACUCAUUUAUAUAUUGGGCACGGUGGUGAGACCGAAUGAUAAAAGAACUUAAUCUUUGUUACAAAAUUAUUAUGCAAAACGAUAUUAAGAUUUUCCUGAAUUUUUGUAAAUCUUGUCAACAAAAACGCAAAGCGGUCAGAAAAGGUAUUACUGUUAAACCCAUUAUUUUUUCACAUAUGUUUCACAUAUGAAUUCAAGAUGUCAGGUUAACCUCAUAGAUUUUCAAUUUAUAAUAAUAAAUCAAUAAAUUUAUUUUAGUUUAUCAUGAUCACCUUACAAAGUUUGUAGUUUUAAGACCUUUUCAAUUAAAGAGAACUGAAGAAGUUGCAGGACAGUUGCUUGAUAUAUUCCUGUUGUGUAGAGCUCCAUGUAUAUUGCAGUCGGACAAUGGAAGAGAAUUUUGUAACAAACUUAUGGAUGACUUAAAAUUAACUUGGCCAGAGCUUAAGAUCGUGCAUGAGAAACCAAGACAUAGCCUAUGCUAAGAUUGUGUUGAGAGAGCGAAUCAGGACAUAGACAAUAUGUUGAGGACUUGGAUUCAAGACAACCAGUAAACUUCGUGGAGUAACAGGUUAAAAGUUAUCCAGUUUAUGAAGAACAUAGCGUUCCAUUCUGGUAUUAGAAGGUCUCCUUACGAGGCUAUGUUUGGUUGCGAAGCUACAGUUGGACUGUCAACAACUGCCAUUUCGAAGGAAGCACUUAUUGUAUGUAUACAUACCUCAAAUGACGAAGAUCAAUUGCAAAAUCCUUCGACUACAAUGAAUGUUUCUUCUCAACCUGAUAGCGAAAAAGUAGUUGAAUAAACAGUAUUAAAUAAUCCCAUUAGAAAAGUAUGUGUUGUCUGUUUAAAAUAAUGCAGUGAAGAUAUAGUUUGCUUCCAAUGUAUGAAGCCUAUCCUGUUCGGAAAAUUAUGUUUCAGAAGAUCAAGUUGAGCAGAAAAGUCUAAAAAAUGUUUGGAAAUUCAAGCGAUAAAGAAAAUCUAUUUUAGCUAUCAUCAUAAAAAUAACCGAAGAAGGAUUUUUACAAUUGGGCACAAGAAACGGCCGCAUAAAACAAUUAUAUUCCCGAUCCCAGUUCAGUGUCAGUGAACAAAAGUUAAUCAGAAUAGAAGAAGUACCGCAUGAAGAAAUAUCGGACCGGUCUGUUGCUCCAGCUCAAAGUUUAGGUAAUGGUCAGGGAUUUAAAAAAUGUUCGUGUAAAACCCAGUAUGUCAACAAAAAAUGUUUUUGUUUUAGAAAUAAUGUUAUUUGUAAAUCCAAGUGUCAUUUUAGUAAUCCUUGUAACAAAUGAUUUUAUGGUACGUUUGUAUAAAUACCAUUUAUAAGCUGAAUAAAUUAGAUGAAUUGCU